GCCUGCAACGUUUUCAAUCUGAUCAUGUUGGACGAUAUUGAAAGUUUAAAUUUUGAUUUUUAUUUCGCAGGUUAAUAGCUGGAACAAUGUCAACACAACGUUUAUUAUUCGUUGAAAAUUACAAAUAUUUCAUGAAUUGGUCGGACUGUGUUGAGGGUAUAAAAAUCACAGGGCUUGCCAUGUUUCUUUUCAUGAAAACAAAGGUGGAGGAAGAAGAAGGCAUUAAACCGAUCUUGAAAGACGUUCGAUUGUUUUUUGAGCAUAAUAAGCAAUACAUGAAACAAGUUAGUGAUAAAGUAUAUAUGAUAAGUCACUCGCAUCGCUGUUGCUGUACAAAAUGCACGCCUUUGUUCAAUAUCAUUGAAGAAAAGUUUAUUCAACCAGGUUAUCCGAUUUAUAUAGAAGAUCCGAAAGAAGUAGAAGAUCCAAGUUCGACUUUAUUACGAAUGUGUUUAAAUGACAAAGAAAUACGUACAAAGAACUUAAUGGAUGGUGACUUGAAAAAUGUGUGUAAAGUGAUGGAUCGAUGUCAGCUUAUUAAGACUCCAGAAAAUAUAAAAGAGGUUAUUGACUACAGAAAUAAGGUGAUGCACUCGAGUUCAAAUGAGUUAUCAGAUAGCUUAAAAGACACAUAUUUAACGGAAUUCGAAAACUUAUUACGUGCCUAUUACACUGACGUCGUCGACGGAUUCCUUAAGCUGAUUGUCGAUUUAAAGAGCAACAAACACCAGACUGACGACUCAUUUACCGAAAUUGAACGUAGCAUUGAAAUACAAAUUAAAGUUGUAGAAAACGAUCAAAGGGAAUUUGAACGUUUGGGCUACAAAGUGCCAACACUUGACGAUGUACUUGAGAUUGUAAAAAAACAUAAAGGAACGUUUGAAGAUGUAAACAGAAUAAAACAAUUGAGAGAAGCAACACUUGAUGAGGCAAUUAAGGCUGGUAAAAAGAAAGGUGCUGAAGCUCUAAAAGAGGGCGGUUUUGUUGGUGAGAAACUGGGUUCAAUCACUGGUGGCGCGGGAGCUUAUGCUGCCGGUAAUGCAAAAAUGGUUUAUGACGCUUUAAAAAAAAAAAGAUUAGAUAAAUCAUAAGUAUUAAAUGCACUUAAAAGUAAGAAAUGCACAAAGCAUUUAAUGUUUUAACAGCGUUUACAUUGAUAAAAAUGUUGUUCACGUAACUAUCAUUAUGUCAUGAAUUCUAACACGACCCGCAUUUUUCCCUAUUGAACAUAGAAAAGCUU